UCUCUUUGCGCCAUAUGGUCUCUCUACCCCCCCUCCUCACUCGGACGCCGAGCGGCGAAGUGUCGCUCACUCUUCCGGAUAAAGGCGCUCAGUUUCGGCUUCGCAGCUGGAGGUGUCACCUCGAAGACCGAAGGCACAAUUGUGGGAUGCUGCCUGGAAGUUUAAUGGGAAACACGUUGGAAUUUGUGCAUCACCUUUUCCUCGCCUACAGAAGGGGAUGCGGGAGGAAUUAAAGUGGAAUAUGAUCGCUCGCAGUGGAGAGAAAUAGAGGAUUUAAAAAAAAAAAGUCUGGAUUUGAUUCAGAAUGAGAAAGGAGAGGGGCUCUGUGUCGUUUUCUCUCUUUUUUUCCCCUGUUGGAGACACGACGCAUUCUUCUUUUACCCCCUACCCUGCUGUGAGACCAAACGGGUCUUUUCGUCGGAUCUGAUGCAUUUGGACUUAGAAUUAAAAAACAAAAACGUGAAAGUUCAACAUUUUUUUAAGAGGACCGUAUCUUUUAGACACUAGAUGGAAUACUCUUCUCUUUUUUUUUCUUACUCUGGGCUGACCUGUUGCACAGUUUGUCAACUUUUUGAGUCGCUUUCUGAGAGAAAGAGGGGAAUAAAUAAAGAGAGGGGCAUGCACGGAGCUUGACUGUCUCUGCAGACUGUUUUGAGCACAAUUUCGAUUUUAAAAGUUCUUCACCAAACUGCGACCAAAAAAAAGAAAAGAAAAGAAAAAAGAAGAGAAAAAGUUCCCUCCACCUUUUUAGACAAGGCGUGUGCAUAAAAAAAAAAAAAAAAAAAAAACGUCAAAUCGCGUUAGACAUUUUGUCAUCGGAUUCCCACGCAGAUAUGUAAUUUUGCGCAUAGUGGAUGUCCUAAUUAUAGAGUUGAGGAACCGCGCUGCCGAUGGAUUAUUUAGCCUGUCUCAGCUGAGCCAGAGCGGACAAUCGUUGGAAACAGCCUGAGCAUCCACAGUCAUGGAUGACGUGAGGAUGUACCUGGUCUGUGGUGUUGCCAUUGUAUUGAUGGUUUCAGUUACACCUGGACUGUCCGCCCCGACCAUAUGGCCAGCAAGAGACGAGCUGGUGGUGGAGCCCCACUCCAUCAUCAACAUCAGCUGUACGGGCCAAUCAGAAGUAGUCUGGGAAGAACCUCUGCCGGACGACGCCGUCAUUUCUUCAAACGGUUUCGCCUCAACUCUCCUCAUUUACAAUGCGACGGUCAAGCACACCAACUAUUACGGGUGCAGGCAUAAAGACAAGGAGGGCGACCAAAACGAUCUGGUGGAAAUCUAUGUCCUUGUCAAAGAUCCUCAGGUCGCGUUUGUCCCAGAGAGAGCAGAAGACCUGCUCGUUCCCUAUGAGGAUGAUUUGAUCAUCACAUGCCGAGUGACGGCACAGACCCACGAUGUGGAACUGAUCCGAGUGCCCAGCGGAGAGAAGCUCCACAGGUACUACGACUACAGAGUGGGCUUCAUGGGCGACCUCUCUCCUGGCCAGUACAGGUGUGAGGUCACAUUUAACGGCCAGACUUUCCAAAGUGACAUCUACACCGUGAUGAGUUUGGAAUCCACCGAGGUGAGCGACUUUGAGGUGGAAGUCAAAGCCAGCGCGGGGACGGUUCGAGUCGGGGAGCCCUUUAACGUCUCCUGUAUCGGACCCUUUGGCCCAGCCUUCCACCAGCAGUGGAUCCAUCUAAAAACACAGGCUGUAAAUGCGAUUCGGACGACAGAAAGUUUUCCUGACUGGAUCAUCUACACUCUGAGCGUCCCGCGAGCCGCCGCUCAGGACAGCGGCAGCUAUGAAUGCUCGGUGAGGCACAAGGCCAGUGGACAAGCCAGGGUGAGCAGCGUGGCUGUGUCUGUGUUUGAGGGAAACUCCUUUGUCAUCCUGGACCACAGAGGGAUUCUACAGACGGAGUCUGUUGGCAUUCUGGCAGAGACUCAGUACACCAUCUAUAUUAAUGCAUACCCGGCCCCGAAAGUGUCAUGGAUGAAAGACGGCCAAGCGCUGUCAGAGAACUAUUACAUUUCUUCCAAAACUAGCCACAUGGAAGGAAAUCGGUAUCAGAGCAUCGUUACGUUCCGGCAACCUAUGGAGAAAGACAGCGGAAAUUACACAAUCACAGCCAUAAGUGGCUCUCGCAGCGCUCACUUCUCAUUUAUCCUCCAAGUGACGGGUUCCACUAGACUUAACAUCAGACCAUCCUCCCCCCCUAUUCUGCUACCGGACGAGGAUGAGGUUGUCGUCCCUCUCCACACACCGUUCACACUGACGUGUCGUGGAGGUACGAAGCUGAUGUGGGAAACUCCGUACGACAUGCUGGAGCAAUCGCAGGAGGACAACAGUGGCCUUUUCGUCACCACCAUCGCUGUUGACGAAGCGACACCGAUGCACACCGGUUACUACGUUUGCCUCUACAAUGACCACAUCGCAGAGGAAACCAAGAGCAGCAGUAUUUACAUCUACGUACUGGAUCCCGACUCUGUGUUCGUGCCAAAUUACAUUAACCAUGUGCCGGUUGAUCAAAAUGAAAUCGAGAUUCCCUGCAGGGUAUCUGAUCCCAGAGCUACUGUGACACUGGUGAAUGUUGACACCAACCAAACCAUACCUAGUGAUUAUGACAGUAAAAAGGGUGCUUUGGGAAUAUUUCCCCCUGGAACUUAUGUCUGCAAGGCCAUCGUCAAUGGAGUGGAGCACACCAGUGAGCAAUACAUCGUCUAUGAAUCCAUAGAUGUCUUGCACGUUGAGCUGUCUGCCAAAAGAACUGCUUUGCUGGUUGGAGAGACAAUAACUGUCAACUGUCUGGCUCAAGGACCUUAUUUACUGGAAGACAACUGGAAAUACCCUGGCAAACCGGCUAAUCGGGGUACCAAAACUGUACGGGAAAAUAAGAACGAAGGUCGGAUCCUGUACACCUUGACAAUCCCACAAGCCUCAACCAAAGACAGCGGCAUCUACUCCUGUUCCAUUACCGCCGUAGAGUCUAGAGACACCCAGACAAAAGAAAUAGCUAUUCAAGUGUUUGCCGGAGAGUUUUUGUCCAUCAAGCCGGAGUUUCGGGACCACGAAUCUGCUGAGCUGGAUGACGUCCGGGAGUUCAUUGCCACAAUUUCCUCCUUUCCUGAUGCCCAUGUUACUUGGCUCAAGGACGGCGUCCUGCUCAGUGACCUGACUGCUGAGAUCUCCACCAGUUUGAAGCAGACCAGUGAGACAAGCUACAGAAGUAUUCUCACCCUGAUCCGGGUCAGGGAGGAGGACAGCGGGAACUACACCCUGCGGGUGGAGAAUGGAAACCAGAGCCAUGAAGUCAGCUUAAACCUGGUGGUUAAAGUGCCUGCAGUCAUUGUGGACCUCAUGGACAUCCACCAUGGUUCCGCCACAGGACAAUCUGCGGUGUGCAUUACCAGGGGGCAGCCUACUCCUGUUGUGGAGUGGUUCAUAUGCAAGAACAUCAAACAAUGCGCCAAUGACUCGUCUUUUUGGGCGCCUCUACCCACCAACUCUACAGAGAUCACCAUGGAGUCCCACUUUGAUGAGGAGAGCAACCUGGAGAGUCAGGUCAUGUUUGGCCAUCUGAAAAGCACUCUGGCUGUGCGAUGCCUUGCCAAGAAUGAAAUAGGAGCUGUCAGCAGGGAGAUCAAAUUGGUGUCCAAUGGCCCUCACCCUGAGCUGACGGUAGCUGCUGCUGUGCUGGUGCUCCUGGUCAUUGUCAUCAUCUCACUCAUUGUCUUGGUUGUUAUCUGGAAGCAGAAACCACGGUACGAGAUCCGCUGGAGGGUCAUAGAGUCUGUGAGUCCAGACGGUCACGAGUACAUCUAUGUGGAUCCCAUGCAGCUUCCCUACGACUCCAGAUGGGAGUUUCCCCGAGAUAGACUUGUGCUUGGCCGGAUCCUGGGCUCUGGAGCCUUCGGGAAGGUGGUUGAGGGCACUGCUUACGGACUCAGCCGCUCUCAGCCUGUUAUGAAGGUGGCAGUGAAAAUGCUGAAACCCACGGCUCGCUCCAGUGAGAAGCAGGCUCUGAUGUCUGAGCUGAAGAUCAUGACUCACCUCGGACCUCAUCUCAACAUCGUAAACCUCCUGGGAGCGUGCACCAAGUCAGGCCCUAUCUACAUUAUCACCGAGUACUGCUUCCACGGCGACCUGGUCAACUAUCUGCACAAAAACAGGGAGAGCUUCCUCAGCCUGAGUCCGGAGAAAAACAAGAAGGAGCUGGAUAUCUUUGGGAUCAACCCUGCGGACGAGAACAGCAGGAGUUACGUGAUCCUGUCCUUCGAGUGUAAAGGAGACUACAUGGACAUGAAGCAGGCGGACAACACCCAGUAUGUGCCCAUGCUGGAGAUGAGCACAACCUCCAAGUACUCUGACAUCCAGGGAUCUAACUACGACCACCCUCCUUCGCAGAAAGACUCAGGCGAAUCCGACAACCUGCUGUCAGACGACAUGAGCGAAGGCCUCACGACCACCGACCUGCUCAGCUUCACCUACCAGGUGGCCAAAGGGAUGGAGUUUCUCGCGUCCAAAAACUGCGUGCAUCGGGACCUUGCAGCCAGGAACGUCCUUCUCUCUCAGGGCAAGAUUGUUAAGAUCUGUGACUUUGGGCUGGCCAGAGACAUCAUGCAUGACAACAACUACGUCUCCAAAGGAAGCACCUUUUUGCCGGUGAAGUGGAUGGCCCCGGAAAGUAUUUUCGACAACCUGUACACCAGUCUUAGCGACGUUUGGUCAUAUGGCAUCCUGCUCUGGGAAAUAUUCACCCUGGGUGGCACUCCGUACCCGGGGAUGGUGGUGGACUCCAGCUUCUACAACAAGAUCAAGAGCGGAUAUAGGAUGUCAAAACCUGAGCACGCGCCGCAAGACGUGUACGAGAUGAUGAUGAAGUGCUGGAACACAGAGCCGGAAAAGAGGCCUUCCUUCAUGGGUCUGAGUGAAAAUGUGGCGUCUCUGCUGCCCUCCAGCUACAAGAGGCACUAUGAGAAGGUGAACCACGAUUUUUUGAAGAGCGACCAUCCCGCCGUUACCCGAGUCUGCAUCGAGACGGACGCGGACUACGUCGACAUUCCCUACAAGAACCAGGGGAAGCUAAAGGACAGGGAAAGUGGCUUCGACGAGCAGCGGUUGAGCUCCGACAGCGGCUACAUCAUCCCACUCCCUGACCUGGACCCUAUAUCUGAUGAUGACUACGGAAAGAGGAACAGACACAGCUCUCAAACGUCUGAGGAGAGCGCCAUUGAGACUGGCUCAAGUAGCUCCACCUACGCUAAGCGCGAGGGCGAGACCCUGGAGGACAUCACGCUGUUGGACGAGAUGUGUCUGGACUGUAGCGACCUGGUCGAGGACAGCUUUCUGUGACAGCUGCCCAGCCUCAGCAGGAGUGGCACGAGGCAGAGCUGCAAGGACAAUGGGACACUAGAGUGGGACCUGUAAAUCAGCCAAAGACUCUGGCCAUGACACUCCUUCCGCAAGGACAGAACAAAACCACUUCGCAGUCUCGGAGAGUCCGAGGUGACGUAAGGUACGCCCAUCCCUACUCCGUGGACGACGACUCUUUCUUUUGUUUUGGCAACGGAGAUGGGGAUGAGCAAUAAAGAAAGAGUGACUGAAAGAACGGAUUCCAAGAGGGAGCGAGUCUUGGUGUUGGACCUAUCCAGAUCAAAAUCAGAAAAAAAAAA